AUGGCGGGAAGCGAAUCACAGAAGCAACUGUUUUCUCUCAUUCGAGACUUUGCUUCCGAGAAAUCUCAUGGCGAACGGAAAAUUAUCAACCUGAAGAACCGGAUUGAGGAACUGAGAUCGGAACUUCGUGAGGCGAAUGAGGAGCUUGAAGAUGCUAAGGUGCGGAAGGAAUCAACGGAACAAGAGCUUAAAGGCUACGAAGUUGAAUUAACUAUGAACCAGGCUUCCAUUCAAACCCUAGAGGCAAGGAUUGUUGCUGUUCAAGAUGAGAUAUCUGAGGUCGGGUCUGAUGUAGAGAAACUGAAAAACGAAGGUGGAGCUUAUAGAGAUGAUUUUAUCAAGAAAAUGAUGGAGUUUAAUGCCUGCUUAAGGAAUCUUCAAGGAUCUGUGGCCUCUCUUACAGACUGCAAUCAAGCAAAAGAAAGAACUAGAGCCUGUGAUAUUAGCAGCACCAACAAAACAGAAUUCGCCAGUAAUGACCUCGAGAGUAAACUCGCUCAAAUCAUCUUUCAAACAGAUUUGGUGGAACAAGAAUAUCAGAGGGAACUGGAUGUUUAUAAACUUGCUCAGCAAGAAUUAACUGAUCUUGAAAGGAAAGUCUCUCUGAUGGGUGAGAUUUCAACAGCAAGUGCAGAGUUGAGAGAGCUGGCUAGAUAUCCUUCCAUAUAUUGUUUCCUACAUACUUUGUAUAAUUGCAUUGCUUUCAGUGAACACUUAGAAUAA